GAAAUGAUGUAAUCCAUCAGUUGACAAAAGAAAACUCAUCAUCCCUGUAUGUUUCCAUAACUCUGCAGAAUAGUACAAUGCUGUAUGAAAUGUACGACCGAUUCUCUGUCUCCGACGAAGCAGGGAAAUAUCAACUCUUUCUUGCAGGACCUGCCAGGGGAACUUUAGGAAAUAGUAUGUUAGACACAGGUUAUUCUGGUGCUGAUCUGUUUGGGAUGUACUUCUCCACCCCAGACAGAGACAACGACAAAUGGACUGGUGGUAGCUGUGCUGCUCUCAGUAACGUUAGAGGAGGCUGGUGGUUUAACUACUGUUAUCGAGCCUUUCUUAACGGUCAGUGGUCCCCGGGAGACUGGCGCAAUCCAUGGCAUCCCAAAAUAUCGAAUGGGACAUCAGUGAGGGGGACCACCAUGAUGAUCAGACGUAAUUAG